UGUCAAGCUUAUUAAUUGUAUGUCAUAACAUGGCUGAAGUUAACAAAUGUAAAUUCAUUUUAACUAAACUGCUGUGGAACAAAGAACAAAUAGGAGACAUUCUUAAACAUCCAAAAUGCUUGUUGUGGUGGCUACAGUGCUAUUUGGCAAACACCAACGAUAUUUUCAUCGGACUGAAAGAUGCGGACGGUGUUGUGCGGGUUCCGGCACAGAUUCAGAAAGUAAAAGAUAUGCCAAAGAAUCAGCAUUGGAAACCGCACAUUUGUAUACGAUUUUUACAUACCCUUUUAGUUAAGAUGGAAGAAGUAAUGGCCAGCGUGAAUUGUCCCUACACGGUCUACAAAUUUGUGUAUGACUCUUAUUCAAGAUGUAUGAAAUUCAAAAUUUACAAAGGAAAGUCGGAAUACUCUUUCUUAUCGGAAAAAUAUAUAAAACAUUGCAAGGAAAAAACGAAGCACGAAUAAUUUUGUUUAAAAACUUCAAAGUUAAUUUUUACAAUGCAUUUUAACAUGUUAUUACUAAUCUAGUUAAUGAGUAAACAACGUUUAUUCAUAUACGCAACAAUCUCAUUAUAAAUUUCAUAAUAUACUCUAUACAUAGUUAAAUGUUAAUUAAUAUACAUACAUAUUUACAUACGUAUAAGACUGUGUCAAAUAAGGACUAAUGUUUUUUUUCCUUUUGGUCCCAUAUCAUAACUUCGUUGUCGGUGCAGAAAAAUUUCAGUUAGCGCUCGCAAACAUAACUAUUUUUAAUGAAAAAUACUUUUGCGCUACUUUUUUUAGUAAAAAUUAAAUAUAACAAAAAAACAUGUAGCCCAU